AUGGACGAAAGAAGGGCUGGAACAAGGGUUUUCAAAAAGACAAGCCCAAAUGGCAAGAUUACAACUUAUUUGGGCAAAAGGGAUUUCAUCGAUCAUGGGAAUUUUGUUGAUUUGAUAGAUGGUAUGGUUUUAAUCGAUGAAAAUUAUAUCAAAGAAAAUAGGAAGAUUACUGCCUACCUUCUGGCAGCAUUUCGUUAUGGUCGCGAAGAUUUGGAUGUGUUAGGUUUAACAUUCAGAAAGGAUUUGAUUUCACAAACUUUUCAGGUAUAUCCAGUGGACAUCUUACAUCUUCGACCACUUACACGACUGCAAGAGAGGUUGAAGAAGAAGUUAGGGACUAAUGCAUAUCCAUUUUGGUUUCAGAUUCCGACGCAUUCAGCAUCAAGUGUUACUUUGCAGCCUGCUCAGGGUGAUACAGGGAAGCCAUGCGGAGUUGAUUUCGAGCUGAAAACAACUGUAGAAUCUCUUGAGGGUAGCAGUAUCGAUAAGCCAAAGAAGCAUAAUAGUGUGCGUCUAGCUAUACGAAAAUUAACUUAUGCACCGUACGAGAAUCGUCCCCAGCCAACUAUCGAAGUUACCAAAGAGUUCAUGAUGAGCUCAGGCUCAUUGCAUUUGGAAGCAUCACUGGAUAAAGAGAUGUAUUACCACGGUGAGUCAAUAGCAGUAAAUGUUCACAUCCAGAACAACAGUAAUAAAACGGUGAAAAAAAUUAAAGCCUGCAUCGCUCAGAUUGCCGAUAUUUGUCUUUUUACUACUGCAUCAUAUACAUGUGAAGUUGCGAAGGUUGAAUCAACUGAGGGCUUUCCUGUAGGACCAGGGGCAACAUUAUCCAAAGUUUAUAGUCUAUGUCCAUUACUUUCGAACAACAAAGACAAGCGUGGUCUUGCCCUGGAUGGACAGUUAAAACAUGAAGAUACCAAUUUGGCUUCAUCGACAACUUUAUCAUCAGAGGCAACAAAAGAAAACCUUGGAAUUGUUGUACAGUAUAAAGUAAAAGUACGUUUAAAUAUUAGUGGUCCUCUUGGAGGUGAAUUAACUGCUGAAUUGCCAUUCACAUUAACACAUCCGAAACCUGUGGAGAGCAUUGAAGAACGACAUGAACAGCAAAGGACAAAAAGUUCGUUGAACAAUGAAGGACUUAAUGUGGAUCUUAUACAACUUGAUACCUUUGAUUUGCCAAGGGUCGAAGAUGAAGAUAUCAUUUUUGAAGAUUUCGCUCGAUUACGAGUCCAAGCAGCUAUUCAGAGUGACUAUCCUUUCGACUCAACGUAA